AUGUCGACAUUGGGAGGGGGUGACUUUGAGUUGGUGGUGCGGCAACAGCCCAAGUAUGCCUGCGUAGCCAUCGGAAAAGGCAAAGAGAGGAAACCGAUCGACCCGCCGCCCAUUGUGCAGCUGCUGGUCAACCCGCGGAAAGACCCGGCCAGGACGUUUCUCCAGAACCCCUAUCUGAUCCUGACGGCGCGGCUGAUCCGCAAGGGCGACGAGGAUCAGGACGAGCAGGCGGGCCCCAAGGAGAACGACCUCACGGGCACGCUCGUGUCGUCUCUGUACAGCCUCAAGGACACGGACAACAGCCAGGGCGGCUUCUUCGUCUUCGGCGACCUCUCGGUGCGGAGGGUGGGCACGUACAGGCUGGCCUUCAUCCUGUACGAGCUCAAGCUGGCGGAAAAGGAGUGCUGGCUGCUCUCGCGCACCGUGUCGGACCCGUUUGUGGUCUACGCGACCAAGACAUUCCCGGGACUGGCCGAGUCGACAUUCCUGACGCGCUCCUUCAGCGACCAGGGCGUGCGCCUGCGCCUCCGCAAGGACUCGCGCACCGUGUCGACCAAGAAGCGGACCAUUGGCCAGGCCGACCCGAUGCGGGCGUCGUCGCAGGGGAUGCACCAGCACGGCUACCUCGCGCACGACGGCAGCCACCACCACCACCACCACCACCAGCAGCAGCAGGAUCUAACUCUCAGCCCGACCGGCCACUCCCCGCACCCGCUGCGCCGCCUCAGCAGCCUGCACGACCCGGUGGGCAUGGGCGGCGGCGGCGGCGGCCCGCUCGACCGGUCCCGCGGCUCGCUGAGCUCCCAGGCGACGAGCUACUACGCCGACUCGCCGCAACUCCGGUCGGCCGCGGGUGACUACACGGCCACCACCGGGGGCUCGUCGUACGGCUACGCCACCACCACGGCCACGCCUUACGACGUGGACCACCACCACCACAAGCCGCCGCACAAGCGCGCGCGCAUGAGCAUGGACGGCGGGCCCGGCACUUCGCCCGACGACGACGACAGCCCGCACCCCCACCCGGGUAGCGGCUACGAGGCCGAGACGACGAGCUACGGCCACGGCCACCAUCCUUACAGCUCCCACUCCCACGCCGCCGGCGGUCCGCGCACCGUCCCCGCCUCGCUCACCUCCCUCUAUCCCGUAACAACAGCAACUACUAGUACUACUAGUACUCCAACAGCAAUACCAACAGGGUAUGUCAGUGGUGGUGUUGGUGGUGGUGGUCUCCCAGCCAUGGCGAGCCCCUUCGCAUCCAUGCACCACCCUCACCACCACCAACAACAACACAUGUCACUGCCGCGGCUGGAUACCAGCACAAUAUCCCACCAUCAUCCCCACAAUAACCACAACCAUAACCAUACCAGCCAACAACAACAACGGCAACAACAACACCUACCGCACCACCACUCCCCAGCAACGGCAGUGUCCGCAAGCACUCCUACCACUACCAGUACUACUACCACACCGCACUCGGCACUACACACCACGACCGCCGCCGCCGCCGCCGCAGCAGCAGCCGCCCACCACGCGGCGGCGGCAGCAAUGUUUGCCUCGGGAGGAGGGCCCGGCUUGCCCUAUCAUCACCAUCAUCAUCAUCCCGCUGCUGCUGUGCAAAGUCUUCACCAGCAGCAGCUGAAUGGGUUGGGCAUUGUCAAUGCCUUGCCUGGGCUGGAGCUGGAUGGUGUUGGUGUUGGUGUGGGGCAUGGGAGGCAUUGA